AGUAAAGUGUAAAAUUACAGGCAUGGUUUACAAUAAAAACGAAUGGCAGAUUGAGUCAAUCAAAAAUCAAAGCUCUAAAAGGGGCAGUUGUGUUUAAACAUGUUAAAUGUUUGGGAAAAUCUGUAAACGGAUUUGGAACUUUUUUGUUUAAACGUGUAAAGUUUCCACCUUUAAUCCCUGGCACAUAUAUGUACUUUAAAACUGCAGCACUGGCAUAGGUCAGGGUCACUGGUACAUGCAUAUGUAUGUGCACAUUCUCUGUCAAGAUCUGGUGCAGCACUUACAAAGUUUGACAGUUGAUAUUUUUCUUAGAUUCUGACUGUUUAUCCCAAUAUACAUGUACAUGUACGCAGACAGCCAAGCUCAUGUACGAAUGUGGUUUGGUUAAAUCGCAGCCAGAUGUUGAAUUGCAUGACAUUUGCAACAUUGGAAACGAAUGGAAAAUAUGACAUAGGCCUACUUGAAACAUUUAACAUUUGCAGUUGGAUUGUAAAGAUUUCUUUUAGAUCGAGAAAUAAAAAAUUACAUAGAGUGUACAAUUACAAACCACAUCAAAGGUUGAUAGACCCUGAUGAUAAAAUCUUUUUGGUAGGCCUACGACUUCCAAAGAUGCUGGACGAUUCGAAAUUAAAAAACCUAAAGCAAAGUAAGUACCAGUACAUGUACAUGUAUGGCAGCUGCUAGUACAGGUACUAUUAAUACUAGGAAGCACCCUCUUUUGUUUCACUCUUCUUUAUUGGGACUCUACCACAAUCUGGGUUCAAAGGUCGCAAUCUUCAGGCUAGUUUUACCCAAGUUUUAACAACUUUUUCACAGGGCCUUAGCUUGCGUCACGAGUGACCAGGUGACAAAUUACACCUUACAGUACAGGUUUCUUCCUUCCUUGCUCUAUGCUUCAUCCAUGCACUUUUUUACAAAACGGUGUUCACCAUGUUCACAUGCUGAUUCCCUCAUCCUGCUUAUGAUGGACUUUGGUCUUGUUAUCGUUACCUAAGCUUUAACAAAUCCUUUGAACAAAAAUUAUUGUUUAUGCUGAGGAAACGUAGCACAGCUUAGCGAUGCAACGACAGCUCAUAUCCAACUUUUUACUUAGUAAUAGUGCAUACCAUGGAUUCUUCAUUUCCAUUUGGGAUAACUAAUCACCAGCUAGUUCAGCCUCCAUUCCGUGGAAUACAGUUUGUGAGAUCAACUUUUAAAGAUGGUAAGUCUUAUGUAAACAAACAAAGUUCUGGGGUCCUUGCAGAAGAGGGUUGCACCACUGCAGCUGGAAAGGAGGCCAGAGAUUUUUAUGAAAGUAUAGUAUCUAUGGAGGUCUCAAAUGACUGCACAAGUACCUCAUCAGAAAAGCAGCAAAAUUCCAAAAGAAAAGGCCUGCAGUCCAUUCGGAAGAGGAGGAAUAUAAGUGCUAGUAAGCAUUUAAGGCCAUCAGGUAGUCAGAGGCAGUCUGAACGGGUUCACACAAGAAACGUCAAUAACUUCUUGCGACAUGCACAGGAAGGUGACGUCCAAAGUUUAGCGACACUUCUUGAGGAUGGCAAUGUCGACAUGGACGUAGUUGAUGGUUUCAACUGGACGGCCUUAAUGUGCGCAAGUUACAGCGGUCAGUCGAAUGCUGUGGAGUUCCUCCUCGAGAAAGGGGCAUUGUGGGAACAUGACCGAGACAAGAGUGGUCGAACAGCAUUAGAUCUUGCCAAGAUGGCUGGCCACAUUGACAUUGUCAGGAUGCUGACGGAUCACCUAACACCUGAGGAUCAGCAAGAGCAGCCUCCAGAGACUAACGAGGACAAAAGCUUCUGGUGUGAGGUUUGCAAAGUUGAAUUUCGGGAUUCAAGCAAACGGGAGCACCAGUCCUGUACCGUGCAUCUGUUUAACUGCAAGCACAAACCCCAGUCGACCCACUACUACCUCCCUGAGAGCAACGUGGGAUUCAAGAUGAUGAUGAAAGAUGGAUGGGACAAGGAGCAGGGUUUGGGUCCUGAUGGGAGUGGACUUAAGUUUCCCAUCAAAACUGUACUAAAGCGAGAUCGCAAGGGUUUGGGGGCAGAAAAUAAGGACAAGGAGUCUGCCAAAGCAAGGAUCACACACUUUGAACAGUUUGAUGUCAGGGCUGUAAAGAAACCCACUCAAUCAAUGGGAAAGAAAAUGAGAACUUCAACUCUCAAUAAAAAUACUCGAAAGAAGAUGCAAAACAAAGAUCGAAACUGGGAGAGAGAUUUUAGACAGUCCUUUAAUCUGGAAUUAUGAAUAACACCAGAAUACUUCUAAAGGGUAGCCGCAACCAAUUUGUUUUAAUACAAACCUAUAAAAUACACCUUUGUGUUUCCGUCAACCUUAUUUUAAAAUUGUUUCACUAUUU